AUGCCUCAGAACGAGUAUAUGGAGAGAUGGCGCAAGCUUCAUGGUCGGAGACUCGAUCACGAGGAGAGGGCUCGCAAGAAGGAGGCUCGUGAGGGUCACAAGGCUUCCAAAGAUGCGCAGAACCUGCGCGGUCUUCGCGCCAAGCUUCACGCGAAGAAGCGCCACAACGAAAAGAUCCAGAUGCGCAAGCAGAUCAAGGCCCACGAGGAGCGCAACGUCAAGACGAACGACGAGAAGGAGCCCAGCGAGCCCAUGCCCGCCUACCUGCUCGACCGAAACAACCCGAGCAACGCCAAGGCUAUCUCUUCUCAGAUUAAGAACAAGCGUGCCGAAAAGGCUGCUAGAUUCCAAGUGCCACUGCCCAAGGUCAAGGGUAUCAGUGAGGAGGAGAUGUUCAAGGUCAUCUCGACGGGAAAGAAGACGCACCAAAAGUCCUGGAAGCGUAUGAUCACGAAGCCUACUUUUGUCGGACCCAACUUCACCCGGAGAGACCCCAAGCACGAGCGAUUCAUCCGUCCUAUGGGUUUGCGUUACAAGCAUGCGCAUGUUUGUCAUCCUGAGCUUAACGUGACUGUGAAACUACCAAUCCUGGGCGUCAAGAAGAACCCCCAGAAUCCUCUUUACACGAAUUUGGGUGUCUUGACCAAGGGAACCGUCCUGGAAGUUAACGUAUCAGACAUGGGCCUUACCACAGCAUCUGGAAAGGUCGUAUGGGGUCGUUACGCCCAGGUAACCAACUCACCCGAAAACGAUGGUUGCGUAAAUGCUGUGUUGCUCGUUUAA